ACAGGUAGCUUCCUCACGUCCAUUGUGCCUCACUUGAACACUAUAGGCCCAUGGGAUAUCGCAGCUGUUCUUCAGAAUGACUGGCAAAAUAAUCAAUUCUCAUCUCAACUCCGAUGGAGGUUCUUAUGAACGACUCCUCCCCCAAGAAGAAGAAGCACACCCACACCCACAGCAUCCACAACAUGACCGCGGUCGAUGGUGCCAAAUAGGAACCGUCUUUUUGUACAUCACAGCGCUUUCCGUGGCUUUCAUCGUAGGCAGCACUGUUGGAUACCAGUGGCGGGGAGACCGAGAAAACCCAGAUCACUCCUGCGCCAAACAUACGUCCCAAUACUCUCCAGUCUUGAAAAGUGUUGCCAUUACAUAUGAUGUUCAGCGUUUCAAUGGAACGUUUCUGAAAGAGAAUAUCUUCCGGCAGGACGCGAGUCCGGAGGUCGAUGCUGCGUGGGAAUCCCUAGGCGUCAACUAUCGCAGUCUGCGAGUGCCUGCAGAUGAGGCCGAAAAGUCAGGGCUGGCACCUGAUCAGGUUAAGAUUAACGAAAAGUACGGAGGAGGAUAUCCUGCCAAUCUGGAGGGUCUUCAUCAUUUGCACUGCCUGGUAAGGAUGACGCUACAGGACAAAGUACUUUGUGUAGUAGCUGUUGAUGCUAAUGCCGCCGAAAGAAUCUCCUUCGCCAGACCCUGCACUGGAACUAUGAUUACUACCGCGCUGAAGGCAAGGGCGCAUUCACAAACGACGACUAUAUCGUCCGUGUCCAUGCCACACAUUGUUUGGAUAUCCUCCGCCAGCAACUGAUGUGCACCAUCGAUACCGGUGUGCUUGGCCAAGUCUGGCUGUAUCCUGACAGCCCGCAGGCAUUUGUUGACUUUAACACGGAGCACAAGUGCAAAAACUUCGAGGCCAUUCGUCGCUAUGCUGAGGAGAACCAGCUGCCGGCAAAGGUUCCAAGCGAUUUCCUGGAGCCUCCGAAAGAGGGUGAUAGGAUUUAUGCUGAGAUUCCCUAG